AUGGGUUCACUACACACCCGCAAAGAGGCAAAUGAAUUAUUAUUUAAUUUAUUUUAGUGUGGGCAUCGAGUCGAGAUGCAAACGAUCGAAACAAAGCGAUUUAAAGGCAUUAAAUAACGGUUUUUUUAAUGGAUGUCAAAUGGAAGAGAAGCAAGUCUUUUCUUAGUUGUGAUAGUUGUAUUAAAUCAAUUUGUUCACAGUGAUUCAUUGAACGGAGAGGGCGCAAUCGGUUGCUCUCGUUUAAUAAAUCUUUGUCGAUAUGAUGAAUUUUGCAACGCAGCUGAGUUUUAUCCAUUUGGAAAAUGUAAAAGAAGAAUUUUUAAGAAAAACUUUGGUCACAUGAAAGAUCAAGGACAAAAAUUUGCUGAAAAUAAAGGUCUGCCAGUGAGAAGUAUACCAUCUUCUGCGGAGGAUACCUUCAAUAACAAAUAUGACAUGACUUAUUUUAAAAAGGAUGGCUCUGUUAAAUAUCCAAAAAAUGAAAAGUCGUUUUUAUUACUGAAGAAGAACUUUAAAAGACCUGCUUUCGAGAUUUCUUUUAUUAGAAAGAAGAGGAAGAGAAAACGAGUAUUUAAUGCCCAGGCAAUAAAAAAUGGCAGAAUGGAAACGAACGACAAUGAUAAAAAAUAUGAUAUGACCUUUUUAUCAGAUAAUUUUUCUCCAGAUUCGUUAAAACAUGAUGAAUUAUCUGGAAGUAACAUAAAUGAUAAAGGUACUUCAUGGGAUAAACGGGGUAGUGAUGGUAAUUCUGCCUUUCUUGAUACCAAAGAUUCAGAUAAAGUUAACAGAAAAAUUGAAAAAAAGCAUGUGGACGAUGGUUUGGCAUCUUCUCUUCCUUCAUCUAAAAAAGAAAAUCGACAAGUUAAGUUUGAGAAAGCAAGGAAUGAGAAAAUUUUUCAUGAUCGAGACUUAAAUGAGUUUGAAAAAUCUAAUGAAAAAGAAGUGCGGAAAAGUCCUAAUGUGUCUAACAAUGACGAAUCACUGGACUUGGAAAUUGAGAUGAAACCACUAACUGAAAACGAUAAGAAAUAUUUUGACGUGGAUAAGUCGAAGCUUAGUUUGAUACCUAAAACUCCCAGCAGUGAUUCUGGUUCACCUCAAAAGAUUGAACAUGUUCAGAUUAACUCUCGAUCAAAGAAGACGAAAGUCGGGGUACUCGUGGCGGGAAAAGUUGGUGACAUUAAAGCCGACAUUAUCCAAAAUAACAGUCCUGAUGCAACUUACGAAAAUGUGAAAGAUUUUUUCAAAAGUCAGCAAGUUAGUUCUAUUGUCGAUGCUCCACUUGCUGAGCAGAAGGAUAAAGCAAAGUUGUAUGAUGUACAACAAAAACACGACAAUGAAAACAACAUAAAACGCAGUACUAUACCCACUCCUUAUGUUCAUCCUGGUCUUAUCUCCUUAUAUGUUAAAGAAAGAUUAAACCCGGAACGUGCCAACAACUUGUUGAGAGCUCUUCAGGAUUAUUUAUGGGGAAUUGAUAAUGAAAAAACCACAAUCACCUCCGUAACUGCUGAUGAUUACAAAGUCGUGUUUCAUUUGUUGAACAAGUCGAGUACAGAUGGAUCAAAGUUUUCUAAAAUUGUUGACAGAAUUAACAAUGAUCAGUCAUUAAAAGAUAAUAUCAAAAAAGCUGUGGGUAUGACUGUGUUGUCAGCGUCAUUGGACUCAAAGGAUGGAGAUACUGUUGAUCGAUAUGAUGAUAAAGAUGACGAUCACCAAUUUGUGAUGACAUUACUCAUAGUAGCUGGAUGUAUUUCUGCUCUUCUUUUGGCCUGCGUAUGCCUCUUCAUUAUUCUUAAAAGAACUAAAGAGAAAAAAUCACCAAAGUGGGUUUCUAAACAAGAUGGUCAAGAAACAGCAUCCGAUUACCAGGUGGAAGUUUAUGGCGACAUCUGCGACAGGCCACGGGAUUCGCCCAUUCAAACAACGUCGGUAAAUCAUUCUGACGAUGGAUCGAUGAAAGAAACACUACAUAACAAAGGAAUACAACCAAAAUAUUCCUGGAGUGAAGAACCAGUCGACACAAAGAUGGAUAUUUCAACAGGUCAUGCUAUUUUGGAUUAUAUGGAGGAUCAUCGUCAAAAUGAGAACAGACUAUCUGAUGAAUGGGAGGAACUGUGUUCAUACGUGGCUGAUCCAAACGCCUGCGAUAUUGGAAAAGAUCCAAAAAAUAUAAAGAAAAAUAGAUAUAGUGAUGUUUUACCCUAUGAUCACAACAGAGUCAAACUUCGUGAGACAUCAAAUGCGACUGGUUCAGACUACAUCAACGCAAGCUAUAUAAUUGAUGAUGAUCCACGUUAUCCAACUUAUAUCGCUGCCCAAGGUCCUCUAGCAAGUACUGUUGCAGACUUCUGGCAGAUGAUAUGGGAGCGUGGUGUAGUUGUGAUCGUCAUGUUGACUAAAUUAGCUGAUUUAGGAAUGCCUCAAUGCCAUCGCUAUUGGCCACAAAAAGGCCAUCAAGAGUAUCAUAUUUAUCAAGUUAAUUUAAUAUCAGAGCACAUCUGGUGUGAUGAUUAUCUUGUGCGAAGUUUUUAUUUGAAGAAUAUUCGGACUGGAGAGACUAGAACUGUUACUCAGUUCCAUUUCCUGUCGUGGCCACAUCUCGGAUUACCAAAUUCAACGAAAUCCAUUUUAGACUUUAGAAGAAAAGUUCUUAAAUGUUUUCGUAACCAAUCAUCUCCAGUUGUGGUCCAUUGCAGUGGUGGUAUAGAUAGAACUGGAACAUAUAUUCUCAUUGAUAUGGUUCUUGGUAAAAUGACGCGAGGAGCAAAAGAAAUAGAUCUUGCCGCCACUUUAGAACAUUUACGAGAUCAACGUCCUCAAAUGGUUAAAACAAAAGAUCAGUUCGAAUUUGCUUUGAUAGCAGUAGCAGAUGAAGUCAACGCCAUACUUCAGGUUUUGAACAAACAUUAAUCACACAAGUUUUUGUGUUGCUUAUGGCAUGUUGACGUUUUAAUUGUUCGAAAAACAUAAUAAAAUGACUUCGAAAUAAAAUGUUAUGUAGAUAAUGUAUUAAUACAACAUAUUUAUUGUUGUUUACUUGUAUAUAUAUUUCACUUAUAGCUAGAAUUUAGAAUUUAAUUAUCAAGCUUGUUCA